CGGGCGGACCCUGGGUCCGCGUCCCGGUGCCUGCACCGCUGCGGACUUCCACAUGGGCAGCAGCUGAGGCUGCUUGUGGCUGCGGGGCGCGGGGCAGGGGGCGCGGUCCAGGCCCGGAGGCGCCGGCGCCGGAGGAAACGCAGGAGGCCCGGCCAGCUAGGCGGGCAGCGCUGCGCCACAGCCCCGGGCUCGCCAUGCUCCUGGCCUCGGCCGUGGUGGUGUGGGAAUGGCUGAACGAGCACGGCCGCUGGCGUCCCUACAGCCCGGCUGUGAGUCACCACAUCGAGGCGGUGGUGCGCGCGGGUCCCCGCGCCGGGGGCAGCGUGGUACUGGGCCAGGUGGACAGCCGGCUCGCGCCCUACAUCAUCGACCUGCAGUCCAUGAACCAGUUCCGUCAAGACACGGGGACUCUACGUCCAGUUCGCCGAAACUACUACGAUCCAUCCUCAGCCCCUGGGAAGGGUGUGGUGUGGGAGUGGGAGAAUGACAAUGGUUCCUGGACACCCUAUGACAUGGAAGUGGGUAUCACCAUCCAGCAUGCGUAUGAGAAGCAGCACCCCUGGAUCGACCUCACUUCCAUCGGCUUCAGCUACAUCAUUGACUUCAACACCAUGGGUCAGAUCAACAGGCAGACCCAGCGCCAACGCCGCGUCCGCCGCCGACUAGACCUCAUCUACCCCAUGGUCACCGGCACUAUGCCUAAGGCACAGUCCUGGCCAGUCAGUCCUGGAACAACCACCUCCCCCCCAGCACCACCCUGUUCCUGUCCACAGUGUGUUUUGGUGAUGAGUGUCAAGGCGGCUGUGGUCCAGGGGCGCACUGGGCCCCAUCAGCCUCCAGGAACACGCAAGAACAUGGCUCCCUCUGGAGUGGGCAAGCUGCCCCCACCACCUGGCCCUGGGGCAAAGCCAGUAGACUCUACAGGCACUGUCCGGGGCCCAGGGAAGACUGCCUCAUCGCAGGUGAUUCGCAGACAAGUCUCUACUACACCAGCUGGGGCAACUGUGGGCUCCCCCACCAGCCCACAAGGAAGCAACAGGAAGACAGGAAGGGUGGCACUGGCCACUUUGAAUCGGUCCAGCCUGCAGCGACUGGCCAUUGCCCAGUCCCGGGUGCUGAUUGCCUCGGGGGUCCCCACUGUGCCUGUAAAAAAUUUGAAUGGGUCCAGCCCUGUCAACCCUGCCUUGGCAGGAAUCACCGGGAUCCUCAUGAGUGCAGCGGGAUUGCCUGUGUGCCUCACUCGGCCACCAAAGUUGGUCCUCCACCCACCCCCUGUCAGCAAGAGUGAAAUAAAGUCCAUCCCAGGGGUCUCUAACACAAGCCGCAAGACCACCAAAAAACAAGCCAAGAAAGGUAAAACUCCAGAGGAGGUGCUAAAGAAGUAUCUUCAGAAGGUCCGGCAUCCCCCAGAAGAGGACUGUACCAUCUGUAUGGAGCGUCUCACAGCGCCCUCUGGCUACAAGGGCCCACAGCCUACAGUCAAGCCUGACCUGGUGGGAAAGCUGUCCAGGUGUGGCCACAUCUACCACAUCUACUGCCUGGUGGCCAUGUACAACAAUGGAAACAAGGAUGGGAGUUUACAGUGUCCAACAUGUAAGACCAUUUAUGGUGUCAAGACGGGCACCCAGCCUCCAGGAAAGAUGGAAUACCACCUCAUCCCCCACUCCUUGCCUGGCCAUCCGGAUUGCAAGACCAUCCGGAUUAUCUACAGUAUCCCGCCUGGCAUUCAGGGACCAGAACACCCAAAUCCUGGGAAGAGCUUCAGCGCCCGUGGCUUCCCACGACAUUGUUACCUUCCAGACAGCGAGAAAGGGAGAAAGGUUCUGAAGCUGCUUCUGGUGGCCUGGGAUCGACGUCUCAUCUUUGCCAUUGGAACCUCCAGCACCACGGGCGAGUCCGAUACUGUCAUCUGGAAUGAGGUGCAUCACAAGACAGAAUUUGGAUCUAAUCUCACUGGCCAUGGCUACCCAGAUGCCAACUACCUGGAUAAUGUGCUGGCUGAACUAGCUGCCCAGGGUAUCUCUGAAGAUAGCGCUACCCAGGAAAAAGACUGAGGUGGGAGGGUCCUGGGGACAAAUGGGAGAAAGUGGAGGGAGUCGUGGUGGAAGUUGAUGCCAUCCAUGACUCCUGACUCCCUCAUUUCCCUUCUGGUUCUGUCUCUACCCCUCAACCCUCUCAGUCACAGAGGGAACUAGAUUAAAGUGAUGUCAUUCAUAAAUUUUUUCCAACACAAA